AUGGCAUUCCUUCUCAGCCCACUUCGGCUGGGCUUGUGGAAGCAGUCCAUUGUUCGCUGCGCAGACAACACGGGCAUCAUCAAGGCCUGCAUCAUUGGACUGGGCAAAAACAAGUGGGGCACCGGCAAGAUCGGUGACCGUAUCCGAGUCAGCGUCCGUGACAAGCACGAGUGGUACAAGGGCGAGCAGCUGCCGAAGGGCAUCAUCGCGCGAACCCGAAAGGAGCGCAACCGCAAAGAUGGCAGCUACAUCAAGUUCAGCGAGAACUCCUUCGUCACCAUCGCGAAGAACAAGGCGAAAGGGACGAAGAUCAAAGGCCCAUUGUGCUACGAGAUCCAGAACAACUGCAAAUCGCUUGCCCGAUGGAUUUUCUGA